AUAAAAUGAAGCAGCGGAAGUUGUCAUCGUGCCGCCGGAUGUGAGAGCGUCUGCGACGAAACCAUGGGACGAGAGUCGCGGCAUUACAGGAAGCGCUCCGGCUCCAGAUCUAAGAGCCGCUCGCCGGACUCCAAGCGCUCGAAGAAGGAGGAGCAGACGGGAUCCCGCGCCCGCGAGCGCAGCCGGAGAGAGAGGUCACGCAGCCGAGAGCGCCGCAGGUCACGCUCCAGAGACCGCAAGAGGCCGAGGCGCUCCAGGAGCCGCGAGCGGAGGCGCAGGAGCCGAGGGAGGAGCAAGGAGAAGUCUGAGAACACAGAGCCCUGCGCUGACAAGAAGAAGAUGAAGGAGGAGAAGGAGAAGGAGGAGGAGAAGCCUGAAGAUCAGGACUUUGACCAGAACACUCUGGAGGAGGAGAUGAGGAAGAGGAAGGAGCGAGUGGAGAAGUGGAGGGAGGAGCAGAGGAAGAAAGCCAUGGAGAACAUCGGAGAACUCAAGAAGGAGCUGGAGGAGAUGAAGCAGGGGAAGAAGUGGAGUCUGGAGGACGACGACGAUGACGAUGAGGAGACUCAAGCGCUCGUGGAGCCGGACGAAGAGGAAGAGGAGGGAGAGAAAGACGGAUCGGCUGAGACAGAGGAGGAGGCACAGAUGGAGCAGGAGACCGGAGAGGAGCUGGACCCGCUGGACGCUUACAUGGAGGAGGUCAAAGAGGAGGUCAAGAAGUUCAACAUGGGCACCAUGAAAGGAGGCAACGACAAGCAGAAAGGCAGUGUGUCUGUGACCAAAGUGGUGACCGUUGUGAAGACGAAGAAGAUGGUGCACACCACCAAGAAGAAAGGAGAGCUGAUGGAGAACGACCAGGACGCCAUGGAGUAUUCAUCAGAGGAAGAGGAAGUGGACUUGCAGACGGCCCUCACAGGCUUUCAGACCAAACAGAGGAAAGUUCUGGAGCCGGUUGAUCAUCAGAAGAUCGAGUACGAAUCCUUCCGCAAGAACUUCUAUGUGGAGGUGCCAGAGCUGUUCAGGAUGAGCCCUGAAGAGGUGAACGAGUACCGUCUGGAGCUGGAGGGAAUCGCUGUCAAAGGCAAAGGCUGUCCGAAGCCCAUCAAGACGUGGGUGCAGUGUGGGAUAUCCAUGAAAGUGCUGAACGCGAUGAAGAAACACAACUAUGAGAAGCCGACGCCGAUCCAGGCCCAGGCCAUCCCAGCCAUCAUGUCGGGACGAGACCUCAUCGGCAUCGCUAAAACAGGAAGCGGGAAGACCAUCGCCUUCCUGCUGCCCAUGUUUCGCCACAUCUUAGACCAGCGGCCGGUGGGAGAGGCAGAAGGACCCAUCGCCAUGAUCAUGACGCCGACGCGAGAGCUGGCGCUGCAGAUCACCAAAGAGUGCAAGAAGUUCUCCAAGUCUCUGGGUCUGCGUGUGGUGUGUGUGUACGGCGGCACCGGCAUCAGCGAGCAGAUCGCAGAGCUGAAGCGCGGCGCAGAGAUCAUCGUGUGCACUCCGGGACGCAUGAUCGACAUGCUCGGUGCUAACAACGGUCGCGUGACCAAUCUGCGCAGAGCCACGUAUGUGGUGAUGGACGAGGCCGACCGGAUGUUCGACAUGGGCUUUGAGCCGCAGGUGAUGCGUAUCGUGGAUAACGUGCGGCCCGACCGACAGACGGUGAUGUUCUCGGCCACGUUCCCGCGCACGAUGGAGGCUCUGGCGCGCAGGAUCCUGUCCAAACCCAUCGAGGUGCAGGUGGGAGGCAGGAGCGUGGUGUGCUCAGACGUGGAGCAGCACGUGAUUGUGAUCGCGGAGGAGAAGAAGUUCCUGAAGCUGCUGGAGAUUCUGGGUCACUAUCAGGAGAAGGGCUCCGUCAUCAUCUUCGUGGACAAGCAGGAGCACGCCGACGGCGUCCUCAAAGACCUGAUGAAGGCCUCGUACCCCUGCAUGUCUCUUCACGGAGGCAUCGAUCAGUACGACAGGGACAGCAUCAUCAACGACUUCAAGAACGGUGCGUGUCGUCUGCUGGUGGCCACCUCUGUGGCGGCGCGAGGCCUGGACGUCAAGCAGCUGAUCCUGGUGAUCAACUACAGCUGUCCCAACCACUACGAGGACUACGUGCACCGUGCCGGACGCACCGGCCGAGCCGGGAACAAGGGUUACGCGUACACCUUCAUCACUGAAGAACAGGCUCGUUACGCCGGAGACAUCAUCAAAGCGCUAGAGCUGUCUGGAUCGGCCGUCCUGCCGGAGCUCGAGCUGCUCUGGACCAACUUCAAGGAGCAGCAGAAAGCUGAGGGGAAGAGCAUCAAGAGCAGCAGUGGAUUCUCCGGGAAGGGCUUUAAGUUUGACGAGACGGAGCACGUGCUGGCUAACGAGCGGAAGAAGCUGCAGAAGGCUGCGUUAGGUCUGCACGACUCUGACGACGAGGAUGCGGCUCUGGACAUCGACGAGCAGAUCGAGAGCAUGUUUAACUCUAAGAAGCGUGUGAAGGAUCUCUCUGCUCCGGGCGGCGCUGCGGGAGCGUCUGCGGUCAGUAUGAGCGGAUCUCUGACCUCUGUGUCCGGUCUGAGUGGCCCGAGCGCUCCGUCCGCCGGGAACAUCCAGAAACUGGAGAUCGCUAAGAAACUGGCCCUCAAGAUCCAGGCGCAGAAGAACCUCGGCGCAGAGGCACAGGAUGUGAUGCAGCAGGCCACAAACGCUAUCCUGCGCGGCGGGACGAUGAUCGCGCCCUCUGUCUCGGCUAAGACCAUCGCGGAGCAGCAGGCGGAGAAGAUCAACGCUAAACUGAACUACACUCCGGUGGAGAAGCUGGAGGAGGAGCGGCAGGCCGCCGAGGCCACGGACACCGUCAAGAGAUACGAGGAGGAGCUGGAGAUCAACGACUUCCCUCAGACGGCGAGGUGGAAGGUGACGUCUAAGGAGGCUCUUCAGCGCAUCGGCGAGUAUUCCGAGGCGGCCAUCACUAUCCGAGGAACAUACUUCCCACCGGGCAAAGAGCCCAAAGAGGGAGAGCGCAAGAUCUACCUGGCCAUCGAGAGUGCGAAUGAACUGGCCGUGCAGAAGGCCAAAGCAGAAAUCACACGGCUGAUCAAAGAAGAGCUGAUCCGUCUGCAAAACUCCUACCAGCCCACCAGCAAGAGCCGAUACAAGGUUCUGUAGCCGAAGGCGGAGGACAGGCGACCGCUGGCGUUUCUUACUUUAUCCCACAAUGCUUUCUGUUAUGUGAGCUUCAUUUAUCUGGACGUUUUUACCUAUUGUUUCUUGUAGUUUGCAUCAGUUAUGUUGAAUGUUUUAGAAAAUUCCAUGUAAUUGGACAGUGAACGUCAUUUGGAAAUAAAGUGUUUUUU